AUGACCAUAAUCCUAGACACCACACUCGACGACCUCUACUCGCUGGACAGCGACGAACCUCAUGGGGUGGUGACUGCGUACCCACACCCCAGCCAGCCCUCGCGGGCGAUGCCUCACCCCUUCUCGUCCGAGCACUUCCUGUACGGCAUCACCUUCCCCAACACCACCGCCCCGAACGCGACGCAAAACAUCCUGGAGCGCGGCAUCGCGCAGCGCUACUCCUUCAUCGCCGGCCGCGCGCCCGUCAUUCUGUUCGACUCGCUCCCCGCAGCCACCGACGCGGAAAGCCAGAACAAGCCAGAACAACCCCCGUCCCCAGCCAUCGCCGAUAUCCUCACCCUCCACGCCCAGCUGCACCCGACCCAACGACCAAAGCUACAGUUCCCCCGCAACGCCUCCGCAAUCGCCCCCCUCCCGCCCAACACACAGAUCGCCAUCAUCGUCCCGCAAGACGAACUGGCCCACCUCCCGCACAUCCUCCCCCCAGAGACCCACUACCACCUCCUCAGCAAACGGUGGCUCGCACUCUCCUCCCUCCCGACGCCGACCUCCAUCAUCAUCGACCCCACCACCCCCCAAACAGCGGACCACCCCGCGGCCAUCGAAGCAGAAAUCACCCGCAUGCUCCGCCCCAUCCAGACGUACCCCUCCCUACCCUUCGUCAUCAAAGUCUCCGUCGCCGCCUCCGGCCGCGGCACGUUUCUAAUCCGCUCCGAACCCGACAGAUCGGACGCCUGCAUCCGCCUCCGCGCCAUCCUACACACCUCCUUCCCGCACGUCACGCCGCAGAACGCCCACCUCCACCCCCUGACCCUCAUCCUCCAGCCCUUCGUGGCGGGCGAGGCCCACGGCAUCUCCUUCUUCCUCACGCAGACGGGCAGGGCGAUCUUCCACGCGGCCUCGCGGCAGCAGUUCAACGCCCAGGGCCAGUGGUGCGGCGGGUGGGUGUCGUUCCCUGCGCAGCGUCGGCUCAAGGAGCGGUACUGGGGGGUUGUCGUCGCUUUGGCGGAGAGUUUACAUGCGGAGGGGUAUUACGGGCCGGUUGGGGCGGAUGUGAUGACCGAGGAGAAUGGGGGGCGACACGUGAUCGUGGAUGUGAAUCCGCGGGUGACGGGGUCGUAUCAUCUGGGGUUGUUGCGGGGGCAUUUUGUGGGAAGGGGUUUGAUGGAGGUGGCGGUCUUGUCGCCUGUGUAUGUUGUUGGGGAUAGAAGCGGGUGGGUGCAGAGGUUUGCAAGGGAGAUAGAGGAUGGGAGGAUGAUUGUUACGGCUUGGGUGCAGGGGGUGGAGGGGGGGAGGAGUUAUGUAGCUGUUACGGUGGGUGGGGAGGAUGAGAGACGGUUGAAGAGGCUGGUUGGGGAGGUGGAGGCUUUUGUUCGGGAGGGUGAGUCGGUGGUUGGAGAGUGA